GUCCAUACGAAGUACAGGCUAGAUUUUCCUUUUUGUAAAUGCAGGGAGCGCGAGUCAGAGACGCUGCCUGGUCUUCACCAGACUUGGGCUCCUGUUGGCAUCCCUCGCCUCCUAAAAUUCCUCUGCUCGUGGCGGUUCUGAUCGGUGGAUGCGUCUGAUUGUGUGAGGGCAAUCAUAGUGAACUUGAAUGCCGUUUCAGAUUGUACAGACUGGCCAAACUUAGGAGGCAGGUGAGUUAUGUCACCAGAGUUCUCUGCAGAGGGGUAGAAAUUUCCAAAAAUGGCUUCAAGGGCAAUCCUACGAAGGAAGAGAUGCCUCUUCAAUUCAUUGAAUUCGCCCACUUGCUCAAUUCGAGUUUUUUCUGAGUAUGGGCAGCUGUGUAAGUGUCCUGAUUUACAAGGUUUGAGAUGGGCUAACAAUCUUCCAAGUGAAAAUAUUAAUUAUGGAAAAGAAGGGGGUCUAUCUUCAAUAGCCAAAGAUGAAUCGUCAAUCUUUUCUGCAAUGGGAUUUCUAAGACACAAUCCAUGCAGAAAUCUAGCAUUGGCUAACGGAAACAGAAGGGAGGAUUUUAUUGUCCCUUUGGGAGUCAGGUGGGCAUCACAAUCCGUACGCCAUGCUUCCACAGCUGCGGCGGGUCAACCUGAAAUGGGUAGUGGUAAUGAUGGGAAAGAAGAAGAGAUUGCUACACAGAUGAAGGAAGCAUCACCAGAGGAAUGCGACCAAGCAGUUGAGGGUUUAAGUACAGCAAAAGCUAAAGCUAAAAUUAAGAAACUGCAAGAAUCACAGAAGGGUGAUAAAUCAGUUAUAGAGCGUGUGUGGGCUAUGCUUUUGGGUAUUGGUCCUGCUUUUAGAGCUGUUGCUUCAAUGAGCAGGGAGGACUGGGCAAUUAAGUUUCGCCAUUGGAAGGACGAAUUUAAAUCUACAAUGCAGCACUAUUGGUUGGGUACGAAACUACUUUGGGCUGAUGUUAGGAUAUGCUCGAGAUUACUUUUAAAGCUUGCCAAUGGCAAGGGUCUUUCCAGAAGGGAGAGACAGCAACUCACGCGCACCACUGCCGAUAUAUUCAGGCUAGUUCCAUUUGCAGUUUUUAUAAUAGUUCCUUUCAUGGAAUUCUUGCUGCCAGUGUUCCUGAAAUUAUUUCCCAACAUGUUGCCAUCAACCUUCCAGGACAAGUUGAAAGAACAGGAGGCCCUGAAAAGGAGGCUGAAUGCAAGAAUAGAGUAUGCAAAGUUUCUUCAGGAAACUGUAAAAGAAAUGGCUAAGGAAGUCCAGAAUUCACGAAGUGGAGAAAUCAAGAAGACUGCAGAAGAUCUUGAUGAAUUUAUGAACAAUGUUAGAACGGGUGCCCAAGUUUCCAAUGAGGAAAUUUUGGGUUUCGCCAAGUUGUUUAAUGAUGAGCUCACUUUGGAUAACAUAAGCAGGCCUCGAUUAGUGAAUAUGUGCAAAUAUAUGGGCAUCAGUCCAUAUGGUACGGACGCAUAUUUGCGGUAUAUGCUUCGGAAACGACUCCAGCGGAUCAAGAAUGAUGAUAAGUUGAUUCAAGCAGAGGGUGUGGAGUCCCUUUCAGAAUCUGAGCUUCGGCACGCCUGUAGAGAUCGAGGCCUACUUGGGCUUCUUUCAGUUGAGGAAAUGCGGCAACAGUUGCGUGAUUGGCUGGAUUUGUCUCUCAACUACUCUGUGCCGUCUUCUCUUUUGAUUCUAUCUCGAGCUUUCUCCGUGUCUGGUAAAGUGAGACCAGAAGAAGCUGUUCAAGCUACACUCUCCUCCCUGCCAGAUGAGGUUGUGGAUACGGUGGGGGUUACCACCUUGCCAUCUGAAGAUUCUGUUUCCGAAAGGAGGAGGAAAUUAGAGUUCCUAGAAAUGCAGGAAGAAUUGAUCAAGGAGGAGGAAGAAAAAGAGGAAGAGGAGCAAGCUAGGAUGAAGGAAUCUGUUAUUAACCAAAAGGAUGUAGCUUUAGAAGAGAUGAGUAUUCCAACAUCUAGAGAAGCAGUAGAGCUAGCAAAAUCAAAGACAUUGGAGAAACCAGAGCAACUUUGUGAGCUCAGUCGUGCACUGGCUGUUUUAGCAUCAGCAUCUUCAGUGAGCUGGGAGCGUGAAGAAUUCUUAAGACUUGUCAAAAAGGAGAUAGAAUUGUAUAAUAGCAUGGUGGAUAAAGAGGUUACUGAUGGUGAAGAAGAAGCCAAGAAAGCAUACAGAGCUGCCAGGGAGGAUAGUGACCAUGCAGCUGAGAUGGAUUUAGGUGAUAAGGUUUCUUCAGCGCUCAUAGAUAGGGUUGAUGUUAUGCUCCAAAAUCUUGAGAAAGAAAUUGAUGAAGUGGAUGCCAAAAUUGGUGAUCGUUGGCGUUUACUUGAUAGGGAUUAUGACGGCAAAGUAACUCCGGAGGAAGUAGCAUCUGCAGCUAUGUACCUCAAGGACACCCUGGGGAAGGAUGGUGUUCAGGAGCUUAUCAGCAAUCUUUCCAAAGAUAAAGAAGGGAAGAUCCUUGUUGAAGACAUUGUUAAACUGGGCAGCCAAACUAAAGAUGACAAUAUGGACGAAGCUGGAAGAACAUAGAAGGGUAUAUGCCAAAUUUUAGGACUUAAUUUUGAUUUAUUAUCCUAAUUCAGUUGGAUGGUCCGCCAAACCACCUCACUUCCAACACAAAAUGAUCCUGUAUCUGAGCCAUCAAGAAACUGGCUUCAUGUUUCCAAAUUCGAAUAAGGUAUUUUUUGUAGUUGAAAGAUAAUAGGGAUACAUUUGUUACUGCUAUGAAAAUUAGUACCACAAAGGAACGCUAAUAGUGUAUACACAAAUACAGCAGUUUAAACUCUUUGCUUUUGGCUUGCAGUUGUAUAUGCAUAUACAUUAACAAGAAUGUUUUAUAUGCA